AUGAAAAUCUCAAAUUUCCUAACCUCUUCAAUUCCGCUGCUCCUGGCGGUGGGUGGCGGCGGCACAAGCAUAGCGUUUGCUACUCUGGGAAGAUCAAGCUACGCUUUCGAUAUCUUUGCUCUGCCUACUGCUAGUCCAUCAAAGGAAAUCCGUCUCACUGAUGGAAAUUCCGUCAAUUUCAAUGGCUAUUUCCCGUCGUCGUCAUCGCUCUCCAUGCUCCCUCACCUGUCCAAGAACACCGACCAGGCUACUCACAUCGUUUACAUCACUGAACGUAACGGCUCAUCCAAGAUCUACUUGGAUGCCCUCUAUGAUACCCCUCCUAUCCGGUCGGGCUCAAGGUCCCUUGUUGAAGGUUCCGCCGAGUCAACUCGGCUGCAGGUUCUUUUACUGGGAGAUGAGCAAACUGGCGGCCGGGUUUCGAUGAAGGAUAAGCCGAGUUUAGUGGGGCAGAGUUUGAUUUACGUUUCGACUCACGAGAACCCGGGUGUGCCACGGGCGAGCUGGGCUGCGGUUUUCUCGACUCAGUUGACUACCGGGGCGACUCGCAGGUUGACGCCUAAAGGGGUGGCGGAUUUUAGCCCCGCCGUAUCUCCGUCGGGGGUCUGGACGGCCGUAGCGUCGUUUGGGGAAAAGGGUUGGGAUGGAGAGGUUCAGGAACUAGGUACGGAUGUUUAUGUGUUCUUGACUCGUGACGGGUCGAACCGGGUCAAAAUCAUCGAGCAUGGCGGGUGGCCGAGUUGGGUUGACGAUUCCACUUUGUAUUUUCACAGAAGAUGUGAAGAUGGGUGGUGGAGUGUCUUCAGGGCGACUUUUAGUACUAAAAACGGCCGACCCGAUUUUAAAUCCGUGGUCACUCAGCGGGUCACCCCACCGGGUCUUCACGCGUUCACUCCAGCAGCUUCUGCUGCGAACAAGAGGUUUAUUGCUGUAGCUACGAGAAGACCCGAGUCGGAAUUUCGACAUAUAGAGCUCUACGAUGUCGUCUCCAAUGAGUUUCUUGACCUGACCCUACCCGUUUCUCCAAAUGCCCAUCAUUUUAACCCGUUUUUCUCUCCAGAUGCUGGUUGGGUCGGGUAUCACAAAUGUAGGGGAGCAACGAGCGACGGGAAGAGUAAUAAUUUCGUACUUGAGAAUGUUCAAAGCCCAGUACCGGAUAUUUCAUUGUUCCGGAUUGAUGGGUCAUUCCCUUCGUUUUCACCAAACGGGGAGCGGAUCGCUUAUGUGAAAUUUCCGGGUCUUUAUGUGAUGAAUAGUGACGGGUCGGGUAUCCGAACUGUUCUUACCCGAACAGCCUUUUCUAGCGCAUGGGAUUGGAAGAGGAAAGGAGUAGUGUAUACAAGUGUUGGACCUACAUUUGCUAGUGAGAGCACCAAGGUUGAUAUCAUAUCUAUUAAUGUGGAUGAUGAAGACUUGAGUUACAAAAAGUUAACCUUAGGAGGCGAAAAUAAUGCGUUCCCUUCGCCUUCACCCGAUGGAAAAUGGAUCGUGUUCAGAUCGGGUCGAACAGGUCACAAAAACUUGUAUAUAAUGGACGCUUUGAAUGGUGAAGCGGGCUGGCUUUAUAGGUUAACGGAAGGUCAGUGGACGGAUACCAUGUGCAAUUGGUCGCCAGAUGGUGAAUGGAUUGCCUUUGCAUCAGAUAGGGAGAACCCGGGUUCAGGUAGCUUCGAGUUGUUCAAGAUUCAUCCAAAUGGCACUGGGCUCCAAAAGGUGAUCCACAGCGGUGUAGGCGGGCGAACCAACCAUCCAUGGUUCAGCCCGGAUGGGAACUACAUUGUAUUGACGUCUGACUAUGCUGGAGUUUCAGCUGAACCAAUUGCAAACCCCCAUCAUUACCAGCCCUAUGGUGAUAUAUUUGUGAUCAGAGCAGAUGGAUCGGGGAUACGAAGAUUGACCCACAACUCGUACGAGGAUGGUACUCCAGCUUGGAGCCCCAAAUUCUUGAGCCCAGCAAAUGUUGAAUGGCCUAAUGGUGGAUCAAAGUGUUCAUUCGACGAUUGCCACUGGCUGAACAUAAGCCCUGAUCAGGGAUCAAGCUCAUCCAAAAGGCAGUGUGCUCAUUGAGUUUCAGAUCAUGUCCUACGCUAAUAACUUGUAAAUUACAUGGUUUCGCACCUGUUUGGAUUGUGUCUUCAGAGGGUUGAUGUUAAUAAAUGAAAUAAGGUAUUCUUGUAGAUGUA